UUAAUUUCCAUCUGACCAAAAUCAUUAUGUAAUAUGAAACAGUAAUAUAAUAUAUUACAAAUAACUGAUAUGGAACUGUCUAUAUUAAUAUUGCAAGCUUCACAUGACACAACUUCAUAUCAGAAUAUAUAGUUUAUUGUUCCAAAAUGCAAUUAAUUUUACUGUUAUUGAUGACAUCAUGUUGAACAUUCUCAGUUAUGUACAAUACGUGUGUAUCAUUCCAACAUGUUAUGAUUUCAUAAUGUAUUUACAAGAAUGUAUAUUUUUUAGCCAAGGCAAAGAGAAGCUUGUAUAUGACACCCCCAACAGGUGGUGGACCAAGAGCCAAUUCCCCAUCUGUACCCGAGCAACUAGUGCUGUAUAAUUUGGAGGGGAGACCAAGUUUGUGUGGGGUGGAUGGCGGGAUUGACACAGAAGACUUCAUGAAUAUCUCAGAAACUGCUGAAGCCCCACAUGAUGGAGCAACAACCAUUGAAGUUGAUCUGAACUCGGCUGAUGAUAUGGCCUUCAGCAUCACUGACAUCCCUGAUCUGGACCCAACUAUGAUUUCAAGUUCUUUUCUGGGGGGUGAACCAGCUGGACAUGUGAAAGUGUCAACUGAAGAAGAAAUACUAAAAGAGGAACUAGAGAAAAUUAAGGACAACUGA